AUGGACAUUUCAAUGGACCAGUUCUCUUCUCAAGCAGCCGUGGACAUCGAAAUCGAGUCCUUGCAAGGUCAACGCCAGGAUCUUCUCGAACAAUUAAAGGUGAUCUCAAGUCGAAUUUGCGACCUAAAGUCGCGGAGGAACGAAUUCUGCCCCAUAUCCCGGCUUCCCAAAGAGGUUCUGCACAAGAUUUUCCUCCACCUCAGUCCCACCCAGCUCGCUGCAUCGGAGCCGACCUCUGACGGGCCCAGUUACAGCACAAUCGUCUGCGUCACGCGUGUCUGUCGCUAUUGGAAGAAAGUUGCGCUCAAUCAGCCAGAGCUAUGGACCUACGUCUCCGACUACAAGGCCGAUGCCAUCCGUACCCUUUUGAUGAGGUCCAAGACUGCACCACUGGACAUAUGCCUGGAUAGAGGUUCGAGGGGGUCCAACGAACGUUGGAUUCAAAAGGCGUUAGCCACGCGGACUAUCCGGUCGCUCAGCAUGCGUGAAUUGUUUCAUCAUCUCACUCCUCGCCUCAAGAAGCUUCCACCCGCUGCGCCAGUACUGCAUACCCUCAUUCUACACAACAACGACCCAUUCACUCGAGCUAGAGACACGCGGCUCCCAGAGCUAUUCCAGGAAGGAGCCCCACUUCUCCGUAAAGUAUCUCUCUUUAGCUGCCACCUUCCCUGGACAUCGCCGCUCCUUGAGGGCCUGACGUCGUUGCGAAUGCUCGACAGAAAUGCCUUCAAGUACCCCCCACCUUCUCCCGGUGUCUUUCUCGACGCAUUGGAAAAGAUGCCCGAUUUGGUCGAACUCAGCCUCUACGUUCCCAUCCCCGACCUCGAUGACCAAGCCACAAGCCUUCACCGGGUGGUUGCUCUUCCGCGUCUUCGAAGGCUGGAAUUUUGGGGUAGCAUCAAGCAAUGCCACGACCUAUUGCAACAUGUGGUGAUUCCCGAAUCAGCCACGAUAGAGUUGACAGUCGAUACUGAGGAAGCAGACCCUUUGCCCUUGCCGCUAGUCCCUCGCAGAUUGGUAGAGUCGCCUCAAACCUCGUCGCCUGCCGAGAUCAAAACCCCACAAAUCAGCUUCAGUGAGGCGACACCCCAGAGCCUCGAAAUUGAGCAAGACGGAGUCCUGCACUUUUACGUCUGGACAGACCGUCAUGACGUCGCAUCCUUCCCGAUAAAAAGGGAUUGCUAUGUCCUCUAUCGCAGCGUGCUUGAUAUUCCCGCAAUCCAAUCCCUUCCUGCCUGGAGCAUCCGUUCCCUGCGCCUUCAAAACUACGCUGACUACCAUGGACAUCUGGGUCAUAUUCUGAGAGUUCUUGUGGCAGCGGAAGACGUUUUCGUAUCCGAACGCGUCGUUUUGGCUGUCGUCACAGCCCUUCAGCGCGAUCCUGGACUUAGUGACCCAACGGUCCCUCGGCCACUCGAGUAUCUACCGGCCCUGAAGACGCUCGUAUUUGAAUCUGUCGUGAACGCCGAUGGAUUUCGUUGUGUCGACGUUCGGGACGGGUCUCCCAAGCCCGUCAAACUGGACGUCCUAUUUAAAGUGCUGAAGGGGAGGGAAGCAUCAGGUGCGAAGUUGGAGAAACUGGUUUUUCAACGUGCGUAUAACAUGACUCGUGGUGCAGUGGAUGAAUUGGCGGGUGUGGUUGAUGAGGUUGUAUGGGAUUGGGUUGAGGAGCGCUCUCCUUGCGUGUCUAGACUUGGAGAUGAAUGUCCCUGUAGACAAUAG